AUGACCCCAGACGCGAGGCCAUCUGUUGGCCAGGCCAGCCAUCUCGACAACGAGAAGGACAGUAAGACCGCACAUUUCGAGGGGAACGCCGCUGAGCAGCUCGCUGUCCAUGGCGAUCUGCCAAACCCAUUGGGUAAAGGCCAUAUCCGCCUUUACUUGUGCUGCGGGCUGAUCUACUUCGCAUCCACCAUGGUUGGUUACGAUGCAUCUCUCAUGGGGUCAAUCAACGCCAUCGGCAAUUUCCAGGACUAUUACGGGCUGAACUCCGCUCCAACCUCAACCGGGCUGGUCUUCUCCAUCUACCAAAUUGGCACAAUUUGCGCGUCCCUCGCCGUGGUAUUAUAUGACCUUAUCGGUCGGAAAUGGUCCAUCGCCCUCGGUAGCUUUGGAGUAGUAGCGGCCUCAGUUUUCACGGCGACUGCUCCGACCCUCGAAAGUUUCAUCGCCGCCCGAUUUCUCCUGUCCUUCUUUGGUACAAUUGGUGCAGGAGCUGCUGUCCUCUACUGUGUCGAACUGGCUCCUCCUCGAUAUCGAGCCAGUGUUGCCGGAACCUACAACACCCUGUACUACCUGGGAAGUAUUCUGGCAACCUUUACAGUGUACGGCACCAACCUGCACCUCUCAAACUCGCACCUCAGUUGGCGGUUACCUUUGUGGCUGCAAAUGGCUUGCCCUGGCUUGAUCUGCCUAGGCAUCUACUUUGUACCGGAAUCCCCGAGAUGGCUGGUAGCCAAGGAACGGUAUGCCGAGGCUCGCGAAAUCCUAGUAUAUUACCAUGCCAAUGGCGAUGAGAAUCACCCGCUUGUGAACUUGGAAAUGUCCCAGAUCACAGAUUCACUCACUGGGAAGGACAUGACGAACAUCCGCGAACAGUACAAUCUCAAGCCUCUCUUCAGUACUCGGGCGAGACGAUACAGACUGAUGAUUGCCUGCGUAAUGGCCUGGUUUGGUCAGUUCUCUGGAAACAACGUUGUAUCAUACUACCUACCGAUCAUGUUGAAGAAUAUCGGCAUCGUCAACGUCAAUAUGCAGCUUCUGCUCAAUGCAAUCUUGCGCACAGAUGCCAUUUGCGGUUGGAUCGCAUCAACAUGCGGUGCCAGAGUCCACGACCUCUCCGGGCGACGCAAGAUGUUUCUCUCUACCACCCUGGGCAUGGCCGUGGCCCUUGCCCUCGUUGCCGCCACAGCAGCCGUCUACGAGCACGACCACAGUGACAAGGCGGCAAGCAGCGCCUCCAUCGCCUUCAUCUUCAUCUUUGGCGCCAUCUUUGCGUUUGGCUUCACGCCCAUGCAGUCUUGCUAUCCAACCGAAGUCUUGUCAAUGGACAUGCGCGCCAAGGGGAUGGGCGUGUUCCACAUUUGCAGCGGAGGGGCGGGCUUCUUAAACACGUUUGUGGCGCCGAGGGCACUGGCCAACAUCAAGUACUGGUUCUAUGUCUUCUUCGUGUUCUGGGACCUGUUCGAGCUUACCUUCAUCUACUUCUUUUUCGUCGAGACGAAGGGCCGCACUCUGGAAGAACUAGAUCUCGUUUCGGCUCAGAAAGUGCGACCUGGUGCUGUCAUAUGCGGCUCAUCCUCACCACAGACCCAGGAUGAUGGAUCAUCUAUUUCAUCUGUGCUCCCCCCGGGCGCCGCCGUCCGCAGAGACUUGAUCAAGCCAGGGCAGGGCGGACUUGCGAGCACACAAAACAUACAUGCACUCAAGAGGGCCGAGGGACUCUUGUUCGCGACACAGCAGCCAUCUCUGUCCGAUACGCGACUCACCAUGUUCCCGGAACUACAAGCAGGCAAGCACCGCUUCUUCUUUCAGCACUUCGUCGCCCACACUGCCCGCACCUACUUCCCCUUCCAGCCGGCCACCGUGCUCGCGACCGUCGUGCCCCUGGCCGAAGAACAGCCCUGCAUGCUCGACGCCAUGGUCGCCGCCGGCUCGCUCAACCAUUCACGCCUCAAGAACGCCAGUGGCGACCACAGCGCCGCGGCUGCAGCGGCGCUACAGAGCCUUUCGAGCCUGCGCAGGGCCAUCACAAAAGCCGGCGCCAAGAACAAUGCAGGCACACUGGCCGCGGCGCUGAUGCUCGCUACCACGAGUCUUUGCUCCGGCGAUCCGAACGCGUACCGCCAGCACUUGGAGGGUGCUAUCCAGAUCUCCCGGUGGGCUGGUAUCCAGCACGAGCCGGCCUCUCUGUGGUCUGUAAGCAUGAAAUGGCUUGUCCAGCUUCUCGUCAUGGACCGCGUCGCCAGGCUGUCGCUGCCGGGCCGCUCGAGGGACUCUUCUGCGGUUGCGUGGCAGCAGCUGUUGAAGGUUGCGCCCGAAUUUUCCAAGGUCGACCUGACCACCGGCUUCUCCCUGGAUCUGAUCACCAUUCUUAACGAUAUCUGCGAUCUUGCGGAUGAAGCGCGCUCUCGUGUUGCAACGCCACGUUCUUCUCCUGAGAACUUGACAGACGGUCGCCCGGCAGAUUGCGAAGGUCCCACUCCAACAGUAGACACCUUCCGUGCACGGUCUUUGGAGGCGCAGCUGCAUGAUCUCAAGCACAUCGUUGAUCUUCCGGGAGUCCCACUUGAUGAGAAUGUCCAACAGACAGAAUUGUAUUUCAGCCAUGCUGCGUUCACCGAUGCAGCACUCAUCUGUCUUUAUCGGCACGUAGACGGCCUUCCCCAAUCCCAUCCAAAGAUCCAACGCACCGUUGACUCUGUCAUCGAGUCUUUCGGAAAUAUCGACCCUCGUUCAAUGAUCAAUACCGGGCUGUUGUGGCCGCUAUUCACCGCCGCAUGCGAGACCAUAACCGAUGCCCAACGGUCUUUUGUUAUCGCCAGACUGCAUGCCAUGAUUGCAAACGGCUGCGGGAACCCCCUAAAAGCUCUCAAUUUCAUGACAGACUACUGGUCCCAUGGUGCACCGUCUACAUGGGGUCUGUUUGCUGAAAGCAGCGGUCUUGAACUAGUUCUGCUAUGA